AUGUCGCCGAAUCUCCUUGGCAUUUCCAAUGUCCUCAAUCAUACCACCCAAGUCGUCAACUCAAGACAAAUCAUCACCUCAAUCAGCAUCUUGAUUUUCAUCACGUCAAUUAUCAAGGUCGCGACUCUUGCCGGACUUCUCGCUCCAACAGUCCUUGCUACUUUACCAGAAGCUUUGAUCGUCAAGCGUCAAGAUGAGGAUAACGCCGUCGGUACCAAUUCCUACAACUGCCAUGACAAUUGCGGUGAGGCCAUCCUCGAAUCUGAAAUCGAUGGCUUCUGCAACACCACAAUCUUCUCCACUGACUACGCUGCCUGUCUCCAAUGCUCUGGCGAGAAUAACGAGGACAUCUGGCAAUGCUAUGGUCCAUAUUUGACUGUUGCUGCUGUGGAGUGUGGAUCUUCCACUGUGCCAUUGACCGGAACUCAAGCCGACGUUGCCAGCGCCAUGCUCGCCCAAAACGUCACUACAACCGCCAGCGGCGCUACUGCAACUGUUUCCAGCAACUCUGCAACAACAACUGCCGCAGCUUUUAGCUCUGAGUCGACUGCUAGCUCCGGAUCAGCUUCCAGCAGCACUGCCACUGGAUCUUCUGCUUCGGCUACCUCUACCAGUGGUGCGAUCCAGCAAAUCAAUUCAGCCAGCGGUUUCCUCAUCAGUGGUGUCAGCAUCCUCGUUGCCGCUGCUGUCGCCAACUUGGCUUAAUUACAAUCCAAUUCCUUAGAAAUAUGCAGACUGCUUUAGGAUUGUGAUCCGGUGGUCAAUGAAUGAAUGAAUGCUGAUAAUUUAUCGAGUCGAUGGUGUCUUUUCCUUAUUUAGUACAUAAUUAAUAUGUGAAUCAUCUUAAUCAACCAACUGUGUUUCUUCG